GCGGGGCGGAAGGGGUGGGGCCGGCGGGAGGCUCGGGUGGUGAGCAGCUAAACAUGUCUGGGGGCAGCAGCUGCAGUCAAACCCCGAGCCGGGCCAUCCCCGCCACGCGCAGGGUGGUCCUCGGCGACGGCGUGCAGCUGCCGCCCGGGGACUACAGCACGACCCCCGGCGGCACGCUCUUCAGCACCACCCCGGGAGGGACCAGGAUCAUCUACGACCGAAAAUUCCUAAUGGAGUGUCGCAACUCCCCUGUGGCCAAAACACCCCCAAGGGACCUACCCACCAUCCCCGGGGUCACCAGCCCUCCCAGUGAUGAGCCCUCCGUGGAAGUCAGCCACAGCCACCUGCGCAGCAGUCCAGAAGACAAGCCGGCAAGUGGUGAAGAGUCACAGUUUGAGAUGGACAUUUAAGGGACCAGCCAUCCGACCAGCUUCCGAGCUACAAGGCCUUCUUGGGAGAGGACCGCACCAGCCUGCCUUUGGAAUGAUCCAGCCUCCCGGGCAGGUGUGGGCCACGGGGCUGGCCACGUCCCCCACUCAGGGCACCUGCCUGCACCUGCAAUUACAGCACAGACCCCCUUCGUGCCUCUUUACUGUGGAGCCGCUACCCAGGGCCUCACCUGUGCCUGCAGCCAAGGACCACCAGCAGAUGUAGACGCUCUCUGAGCAGUGCCCGGCUGCUCCAGCCCUGGCCUCUGGGGUCACUCCCUGCUUCCUUCAGUUGGGGAGUCUGGGAAAGCGUUCCUCUUCCCCAAGACAGGAAAUAAAAGCCAGCCUCACCCUAGGGCCAA